AUGCUGCUGCAACGACUACUUAUUAUUGCUGUACUUGUUGCGCUUUAUGGCUCCUCCUCCGCCCUCUACCGAUCCAAAGAUGUCUUCUCUUGUUUUAUCCUCCACAGUAAUGAAUUCUUGGAGAAGUCUGGAAAUGUUCUCAUUGAAAACAUUGAUGACGUCAAUGAGUGCCUUCGGAAGUGUAUUCAAGCUCCAAUGAACCACAAGAUCAAGUGUAAAACUGUGAUGUACAAUGUGAACACUCAGAAUUGUGUGCUCUCAAAAUAUGCGAGACAUGAAAGAAAUAUCAAAAAAUCAAAGGGUCUCCAAAUAGAUCUCUACGAAAACCGAUGUGCAACCACUGAAAAUGAGACAGUCCGUUUGGCAGUGUUCACAGAGCAAACUAGAACAACAGCAGCACCGGUUAAAACAGUUGCAGUCAUAGGGAAUGUUAUUUUGACUCCAAUGAAUGCUACAACUACAAAUGCUCCAAUUAUUACCACUCAGCAAGCUGUUCCGACAACUAAUGAGUUGAGAAGAGUUCAUGCUGUCAAACAAUUCCCGCUAGAUCAGAAAAAUGGAAACGUCAUCUUCAGUAAAACUGUCUACGCAGACCAACCGUCUCCUCAACUACUCCCACAAAGACUCACUGACAAGAGGAAUCGGAACGCAAAGGUAUUUAUAUCACCCCGCCCACUCGUGGAUUCCACGUCCACAGUUGUCUCAUCCCCCACUUAUCAACAACAACAACUUCAGUUCGACGUGGCAAGAGAGAGAAGACAGAGAAGUGAGAGACCGCCCGUCGUUGAGAAUUUGGCCGCUUGCUUCAUCAAAACUCCCAAUCGGAUUCUCUACAAGUUUGAGGAAUCAAGAAUUGGUGGAGUGACAUUGGAGACAUGUAUGAGACAGUGCACACACAAUGCUCUCAAUUUCUACUGCGCUUCAAUCAAUUACAGUUUCGGAUUGAAAGUUUGCACUCUAAACGGAGGAAACUUGCAUCUCAAUGGCGGGGAGACUCUCGUCGCUUCCAGAGACUACGACUACUUUGAGAACACCUGUCAGCCACGUGGCACCACUACCACAGAAUCUUCAAUCGGUGGAUCUGGAACGAAGAAAGAGUGUUAUCGGUUGUAUAACAACUCGAUCUACAACUCUUUUGACGCUACUAUCGUUGGAGGAUUGCAAGAUCUCGAGAGUUGUGAAUCCGAAUGCUCCUGGUCUCACAUCCGUCGUCGUGAGAAGUGCCUCGGAGUCAACUGGAUUCCAACAACACGUGGAUGCAUGUUAUUCCACAAACAAAUUGAUUUCAAUAUCCUCCAACCGUCUUUCAAGGCACAGUUCCUUGCGAACACUUGUACAUAUACCACAGAUCAGUCGUCCAGCAGAUCUUCUUCAUCUUCAUCAAAAUCCGGUUCUGAUCCUGAUUAUUAUGAUCCCAACCACUAA